CUUCUCUCGACGUUCUUAGAAAAGUGGAAUCUCUGUUCCAUCAUGGAACCGCAAGCUCCGUCGUUAACUCCGAAGCUCCGUCUGCUCUGUAGCUACGGUGGCCGGAUAACGCUCAUCCCACCGUCAAACUCCCUGGAAUACAUCGGCGGAGAGACACGCAUCGUUGCCGUUCCACGUGACAUCUCCUUUACCGCUUUCUCCCAGCUUCUCUCGGACAAGCUUCUCCAUGGCCGCUCCUUCUCCCUCAAGUACAGAAUUCCCAGCUGCGACCUCGACUCUCUCAUCACCGUCACUAACAACGAAGAACUACAAAACAUGAUCGCCGAGUAUGACUCAGCUAGUCCCCAGCGUAUCCGUCUCUUCCUCUUCCCGUUAAACUACCCCGAGUCAUCAACUCGACAUCCUCUCUCGGUUAACUUGCUUGGACUCGAACCGCCUAUACAGAAAAUAAUCUACACAUCUUCGUCUUCCGUUGUUCCCUUCCCGAUAUUCCCGCAAAAUAAUGAUACCACGACGAAGCGUGUGGAUCACGGGAAUAUCCAUGCCACGUCGGACGAGGAUCCUAUAACUUCAGCCUCUUUGAACACCGGAGUUUCGGAUAAAGAAACUGAGAGAGAAGAGAUUCAAGAACAACCACGGAGAAUAGUUAUCCAAGAGCCUUUGCAACAGCAUCAAUUUUUACCGAUAUUCUACUUACCGGUCUUGCCAAUGCAGCCACAUAUGGUGACUCGUUCAGUGAAUGGAUACGCGUUGUCUCCGGCGAUGGAAUAUUCUACUGGAGCAGAUCCGGUGCUGGAAAAUAAGGAGACGGCGACCUGAGUGGGGUUUCUAUCCAGGUCAAGUAAGCCAAUCCAUUUGAGUUUAGGAAUUAACCUUUUAAAUUAGGAUUUGAUAUUCGUUAUAGAAUACGAGUGAUGGACAUGUGCACCGAUAUCUUUUAGACUGAUGUGGUUUGUAUCGUGACGUAGCUUUGGAUUUUGAUAAAAGCUGUUAAAUACUUGGGUGGGUUAAUGACUGGAUGUAGAUUUAUAGUUUAAAUACUUGAAUUUU